AUGAAUUCUAAUUUCGUCAAAUUAACCAAUGUACUGCAACCCAAAGAAAGAGUAAUUUUGCAAAAAUAUAUCACAGCAGAAGCAAUUAGGCAGGUUAAAGAAUCCAAUCAUUCAGCAAUACUGAGCUAUAAACUUGAGCCAAUAAUUCAGAUUCAUGAAAAUACGAGGAGAAUCAAUGAUUUAGAACAUCGUGCAAUUGAGGCCUGGAGAGAAACUGAUUAUAAAAAGCUUAGAAGAACCUAUAAAAUUGCGAAUGAAAAUAUUCAAGACUAUAAUCUUAUUCAAAGAAAAAUCCUUACUCUCCCCGUAUGAGCUUGCAAUUUUGAGGAAAAUCCCUGCCUUCUGGCAAGCAAAAAUUCUUAAAACGCAAUUAUUUGAUAUUAAGUGAUAAUUAUUAUAAUAAUAUAGCGCUUUCCCGAGGAUGGCGCGGAAUGGCGCCAUCCUCGGGAAAGUCAACUAAGCAUCCACACGGGAACUGGGAGUUCCACGUGUGGAUGCCCAUUUUUGACAUGUGGGAUCCAAACUUCCACAUGUCAAAAUGGCAUCCACACGUGGAACUCCCAGUUCCCGUGUGGAUGCCUUCCUGGCUUUCCCGAGGAUGGCGCCAUUCCGCGCCAUCCUCGGGAAAGCGCUAUAUCUCUAUUUAAAUUCUACAGUUAUUUCUUUAAAAAGUAAAAUUUUUUGCUUUUCACUUUUGCUAUAUAUAGAUAUUUCGAAUUUGGAAAAUAUUUUAUAAUUCAUUAAUUAGAAAAAAACCCUCUGUGACCUGAAGGGGAUUUAAAGACCUUCAAAUUCAAGACUCUAAAUUUAUACGAAAAAGAAGGCCACCUGGCCCUAAACUGGACCCUUUACCCUAUUUGAAAAAAGCAAGAGAAAGACUAUCAAAUUCUAUAGAAGAGCUAGGAUGCUCUUCUGAUAGCUAUGAAGCUCAAGAAACUUAUUCACCAGUAUUAACUUAUAUUCCAAAGCAUGGGAAAAAGCCAAUAAAGUUUACAGUGGUAAGAGAUUUAACACCAACUUUGCAUUCAAAAGCUAGUCGAAGCUUUGUUCCGGAGUUCAGAUCUCAACCCAAAGGACAUAAAAAUUCGACAAUGAAAUACCAAAAAAAUGAAAAUUGAUAA